CGAAAAAUGAUAAAAUCUUUACAUUUUCCCCCGCUUUUGAUCUUGGCAUGAAAAGGGAAAGAUUGGGUAUCUGUGUCUGUAUCACUGCUGCACCCCGAUGACAAUCGUACCGGAAGGCAACCUGUCUCGUCCUUUUGUCAUUUCAAAAAGAGUUCAAACAGAAUAUGAAGAAAAGAGGAAAAGUGGCAUGGUACUAACAGGGGCUCGUUCAACUUUGAAGUAACAAAGAUAAAGAGACAACAAAAACGUGAAGGACCCUUAGAAUCAAAGAGGGCAAAAGAGGAGAGGAGAACUAGUAGACGAGGCCAACAACACGAGAAAGGAACUCCAAGAGGUAUAAUCUAAGCAUCCAUGACUCCCCCCUGCAACAUCCGUUUCUGUAAGAUUAUCCCCGGAACAAGUCUUGCACAUGGGUUACUGAAACUUCCAGGAAAAUUCACUGCAAAAUGUGGAGAUGGCAUGUCAAAUCCAGUGUUCCUCAACCUUCCAGAUUGUACUGAAUGGAAAAUACAGUGGACUAAGCAUGAUGGUGAGAUUUGGUUUCAAGAAGGAUGGAAGGAGUUUGCAACACGCUAUUCUCUAGAUCAUGGUCACAUGCUGUUUUUUGAAUACGUGGGAAUUUCUCGUUUUGAUGUCCACAUAUGUGACAAAAGUGCUGUUGAAAUAGACUACCGUUCCCACUUCACUCAUGACAACCCUGAUAAUUCUGUUGAAACUUUGGAUGAACAAUUUCAUGAUGAAACAGACAACAUUGUGCAGAUUAGUGAUGAUUCUGAGCAAAUUUUGGAUGAGCAAUGUAUCCGAAAGAGCGGAGUCAAAAAUACACAGUCACCUUCUCAACCCUGUAAGAAAAUGAAGAAUAGCAUCACUACAGAUGCUGGACGAAGCCCCAAUGGGGUAAAUUUGCAUCAGCAUGAUCAAAGUAGAAGUGCUGGUUUGCAAAAGCAAAAAUUUACGAAGCAGAAGUUAGAAGAAGAAAAGGGAAAAAGCAUUUUUCAUGGUGAAUGCCCAAAAGUGGAGCAAUUAACUUCCUCGGUUUUAAACAGAGCGACGAGUACUUCUAAAUCCAUGCAUCCUUCUUUCAAGCUUGUUAUGAGGCCAUCCUUUAUCAAUGCAGAUUACCUGGUUAUUCCGUCAGAAUUUUCAGAACAAUAUUUGAAGAAAAAAACAAAAGCAGUUGUCCUUGAGGUCAUGGAUGGGAGAAGUUGGCCUGUAAUUUUGUCUGGUCCUAGAAUUACUGCUGGAUGGCCGAAUUUUGCAUCAGAAAAUAAUCUGAAAGUGGAUGAUGUCUGUGUGUUUGAGCUGAUAACGAAGAUCCAGAGUCUGGCCUUCAGAGUUUCCAUUAUCCCAUCUGCAGGAAAACCUAGCACACCCAUUUUACAUGAUCAUUCAAAAAGCAGAAAAGUGCAUCCUGCAACUACCUCUAGAGGUGGGAGUUCAAGUGUAAGAACUUUAGUAGGCAAACGUGAAGAAGCCAGAGAAUUCUCAUCAGAAAAUCCCUUUUUCAUGAGCACUCUAAGUUGGCAAGGAAACACAACCAGAUGCCCGCGUGUGCCGAGAAACUUUGCGAGGAAGUAUUUCCUAGGGAUGAAUCAUGAUUCGAUAAUGAUGCAGUUCAGAAAUAUACUGUGGCCUGUAACCAUUGUAUUAACUAAAAGUGAUUUAUCAGGCACGCUUUCUGCUGGGUGGCCCACGUUUUCAAGAGCAAAUAAACUGCGAGCUGGAGAUGUUUGUGUCUUUGAGUUGGUCAACAGAGAUGUUAUGACACUCGAUGUUCAUGUUUUUAGAGAUCACAGUGAGGUGAUGCAUUAAGAGCUCUAUCUAUAUGUAACUUCUUAACUUCACUUCAUUGGAAUGACUUUGCUGUUGUUUACACUUCAAUCUCAAAUUGUUGGGUCUUUCGAGGAUUCCUAAUACGACCAUGAGAUGUAUGUGAAUGGAUUUGUAUCUGCUAAUAUAUGUAAUGCCUGUCUUCGUUUUC